UAGUUCCCCAGGAAUUAUUAUCCUCUGGGUAUGUUCUCUGCUCUGGGUUAUGCAGGAGAUCAGGCUGGGUGAUCUGAGCAGCCUUCUCAUCUACAAUUAACGUGCACUGGGCCAGGAUGCAAGUGCUGGGUGGGCGGAUCACACCUUGCCAUGCUCCCAGGCUGUCUGCAGAGUCAGGCAGACGUUGCGGCAUAAGGUCGCGUGUGGAUGAUGAAGAGAGAAGGCCCCCAGCUUUCCAAGGGAGGUUUGCCUGCUGCAUCCCCGGCUUGCCAAAAUGAACCAGGGAGCUCCAGGAAACCAAGACAGGGAAUGACCCUAAAAUGGGGAUGCUGCCUCUGCAGCCCGAGAGAGCAGAUCUGGGGUGUUGGCUGUGCCGCUGUCCCGGAACCCCAAACCCUCUGGUUCACUGGGUUCCUGCUUCAGACUGUGUCCUGACCCACGGGAGGAGGCAAAUGACAGGCUGAGAGGUGGCCAUGGCUUGCGGGGGGUUCAUACCGGAGACUUUCACCUCUAGGUCACCAGACCCAGCUCAGCGGUGAGCAGAAGCUUGACCCCAUCCUAGUGAGGCUUCGCCCAAAGCCAGAGGGGGGCCUGCAGACCCCUCCCUGGCAGGGCGGGUGUUUGCAGGGCAGUCUGUGCCUCCAGGCUGGCACGGAGGCCAAGGAGGGGGCGUUGGCGCUGGGUUCUCCAUGUGUUCAGCCAUUGGGAUAAUCUCUCACGCCCCCCCCAGCAGCCCGGCCUUGCCCUGCGCCUGCAGCCAGGCGGGGGAACAGCUCCACGCUCCCUAACCGGGAAGCCCCUGGGUAGGCUGAGGUUCUGCUGUCAUCCAUAUAUGGGCAUGCCCCAAACUCGGCCUUCUGAUUGGCUGCCAGCCCCAUGCAUAUGUCUGUCAACAAAUGGCUGGAGCAGGCGGGGGGGGAGGGAUCAAAGGCCCCUAUUGUAUUGUAGGGACCGGCGGGCCCGAGUAAUGGGGGCGCUGCCCCUUUAAGGACCAGGAGCCCCCUGGCAGCUGAGCUCGGGGGUCCUGGGGGGGCAGAUGCCGGGACCGCCCAGCCCAGGGUGGCUCCGCUGCGGAUCCCCCCCCCGCCCCUCCGGAGGCUGCGCUGCAACCUGUGGCUGGCCGGGCCCCAGCAGGGAGCGGGCGGAUCGGACCCCGCCUUGGGGCUCGGGUGGCUCCGAGCCGGUGAAGAUCUCGGCGUCCGGCACCAGAGCGCCAUGAGCUAGGGGGGCACCGCUUGUGCCAUGAGCCCGGGAUGGAUCAGAACACCUUCUCGCACAUCCAGCUGUGGUGCCCACGGCCCUUCGGCACCUACUCCCAGAACAAGCCGUGCGGCGGCAGCCCGGUGAAAAAGCCCUUUGGGGACUUUGCCUGCAGAACCAAGGAGGGGGAGGACAGCGGGGAGGCCUGCUCUGAGAACACCCCACCCGCCCCGGCCCCACCGCCUCCCUUGGUCUCCCCCAGCCCCAGCCAGGGGGAGGAGGGCCGGGUGCUGCUGGACACCUGGUACGUCAUCAAGCCAGGCAACACCAAGGAGAAGAUCGCCUUCUUCGUGGCCCAUCAGUGCAGCAGCAGCAGCCGCGCCAGCACCAUGAAGGUCAAGGGCAAAUGGGGCAGCGACAGCUCCAAGGCCAAGCGCCGGCGGCGCUCGCAUGACCCCAGCAAGGGCAAACCGUGCCCGGGGAAGGACAAGGACGGCAGCAAGGAGGCGGAGGAUGUGUACCUGUGCCCGGAGGCCCACGCCGAGCCGGGCGGCGACACAGACCUGCUCUCCGUGGCCGAGAUGGUGGCCCUGGUGGAGCAGCGCACGGCGCUGGCUCUGCAGAGCUACUCACGGCCUUGUCCUGGGGGGGCGCCUCCGGCCCCGGCCUCCCCCGUGGUGUUCCUCUCCACGGAGCAGGAGCAGGCGGACGGGGAGAAGAAAGUGGCGGGGGGUGGGAGAGGCCAGGACUGCAGCCGGGUGGCGGAGGUGGUGGCCCAUUUCGAGUCGCAGCAGGAGGAGCGAAGCGUCCUGCGGCAGAACGGGCUGUGCCCCGAGGCGGCCGAGUGUGUGGCCAACUCCCAGCAUAGCCCCGGCGAGGUGCGCAUCGCCUUCCGCAUCUCCAGCAGCCGGGACCCCCGCUCGCCCCCCGAGGUGGGCUCCGGCACCCGCCCCAAUUGCAUGUUCAUGAGCUGCAGCACCGGAGGCUCCGCCACCGGCUCCGGUGCCCAUACCAAGGACAAGAUCACCUGCGACCUCUACCAGCUGAUCAGCCCCUCCCGCGACUCCCUGCCCAACAAUGUGGACUUCCUGCUGUCCAGUGCCGCGCCCAAGGGCGACGGGGCCAGCGAGCCGCCCGAUUUGGAGAUGAGCUGCGGCGAGAGCCAGGCCUUGCCGGGCAAGCUGGACGCCGGCCCCGAAGGCAGGGCUGGGGAGAAGCUCGGGGGGCCAGCGGCAACGCCCCGGGACUGCAUGGCCGGCUUCCAUGUGGAUGUGGUGGUGACGGGCGUGGUGGAUCAGUGCGUCUUCUUCGGCAAGGACAGCACCAAGAACAUGAAGGAGGAGACGGUGUGUCUGACGGUGGGGACCCCCACCCCGGACGGGCUGUGCUCCGCCUGCGAGGAUCCACCCCCCGGCCAGCUUUUCUUCCUUCAUGCCCAGGCCCCCCGGACCGAGGACACCCGGGAGGCUGCCGGCUCCCUCUUGGACAGCAAGAACAACGGCGAGGGGGGCACGGAGUGGCCGGAUGGGCCCGGGCUGGAGCCGGCGGCCUCGGACACCUCACUGUGCCGCCUCUACCGGCACGUCUCCCACGACUUCCUGGAGAUCCGCUUCAAGAUCCAGCGCUUGCUGGAGCCCCGCCAGUACAUGCUGCUGCUCCCCGAGCACAUCAUGGUGAAGAUCUUCAGUUACCUCCCCACCCAGUCGCUGGCCGCCUUGAAAUGCACCUGCCACUACUUCAAAUCCAUCAUCGAGACGUUCGGCGUGCAGGCCACGGACUCCCGCUGGAACAGGGACCCGCUGUACCGCGACGACCCCUGCAAGCAGUGCAAGAAGCACUACGAGAAGGGGGACGUGUCCCUGUGCCGCUGGCACCCCAAGCCCUACCACCACGACUUGCCUUACGGACGCUCCUACUGGAUGUGCUGCCGGCGCACGGACAAGGACACGCCGGGCUGCCGGGUGGGGCUGCACGACAACAACUGGGUGCUGCCCUGCGACAUGCUGAGGGACCGAGCAGCCAGGCGGGAGGAUGGGAGGUGAGGUGGGGCGGACGGGCGCUGGUGCGGGAGCCCACGAGGUUUCGUGCGUGCAUGUGUGCGUGUGUGUGUGUGUGUGGUUUGGUUUGUUUGCCUGGCUGUCUGGUGCUGAUCUCAGCUGCAGCCCAUCCGAAAAGAAAUUGAUUCACCCACCUGCAAAACUAUACAGAGCCGGGGCCAGAUUGCCUCCUCCCUCAGCCGCUCCAGCCUCCAGCCCCGCCUGCCUGCCUUGGGCAGGGGGUCCUUGCUGUGCCCCAGCAAUGCAGGUCGUUGGUGGCUCUGGGGGGAGCGGCUGUGAAUUCUCCUGCUAGCCGCCUACCCUUGUGUCCAGCCCCUCUCAUCCGCCGCUCCUAGCUGCUUGGUGAGCACUGAUUAUCAUCGGUGGAUUCACCCCCAAUCUCCUUCCCCAGCCCCUGUUGCCAGAGCAGAGCUCCCCUCAGCCCAGCUCUGUCCUGCCAGCGGGCACGUGGCAGCCCCCGGCGACCCGAGGGAGCACGAGAUCGGAGCCAGGUUCUGCCAUCUGAAGCUGUGAAAGCCCCACUGCCACUAGGGCCCGCUCCUGCCACACCCUCGUUCGGGGGCACCGCACCUGGUGUAAUCUGAUUAGCCCCGCCAAGAGAGGGUGGUCUGCUCCUGGCCCCGCAGGCUGGCACAGCGAGCAUCAUGCCGGCUGGGGGUCCCGUUUCCAAUCCGAGCCGUUCACACGAACACAUAUCGGGGGGCAAGAAAUCAGCCUCCGGGGGGAGAGAGAGAAGGGGGCAGCGGUCCCACUGCUGCUUGGUAGAACCUGUCAAGCUGAGGCCGGCCACCUCCAUCCGCGGCUUGCUGGGGCUCAGAGCCAGCCAGUGGGUCACAGCAGCAAGGGAGCUGGGGGUGGGGGGGAUUCCCAUCCCUCCCUGAUGGCACCCCCCCAGAGAGAGCGCCCCCUUUGUCCCCAUCCCUGCCUACAUGCAGCAGCCUCUCCAGAGCAAUUGGCAGUUUGCCGUGACUGUGGGUUUCUUAGCAUGGUGGCCACCAGUUGACUUUGCCGAGCCGCUGAGAUGCCUGGGUUCUCAGCAAGAGGGGGUGGCGGCUGCUGGCCUCCCUCCAGCCAUCGGCUGGUCCCUCCCCUUUUCUUCUAGCCGCGUUGCUUGUGGGAGGGGGGAUUGUCAGUGGGGGUCAGCCCCAGCCUGGCCGGUGUCACUGGCUCUUUGGGGUCCAGUUCUGUAACUCGAACCCCUGUAUGGACUGGUGGGCAAAGGAACCCGGCUCUAGGCCAGAGUAGCCCAGUGCCAGGGGUGGGUGGGCGUUGCUGUAACCACCGGGCCAGCCCCACAGCUGGAGUGAGUCUGCCUGGGCCUACCGUGCCAGCUCUGGGGGUCUGGCCCUCAGCCUCCCCCCUGUGGCUGGAACCGGGGCUAGCAGCCAGAGUGGUCUUUCACCCCUGGGGUCCUGAUCCCCUCCCCCUACACACGGCCUUAUCCCCUCAUUGUUCCAGCUCCAGCCGGGGGCUGGGCUUCCAUCAGCAGGGUCGGGGGGGGGGGGGGCCUUCUCCCCCAGCUGCUGAUCGUUCCUCCGUUUUGCAGCCUUUUCAUUUGAACCCACAAAACUUAUCCCCUCUCCUCCACCCCCGCUCCCCCACCGCAAGUUGCCUUGAAAUCCUAGCCCUGGUCUCUUGGCUUAUGCACGAGUACGGUGGGGCCGGCCCCCGUUCUUGUGUCGCUGGGCUCGUGUGGCCAACGGCUGAACCUCAAUUCCCAGCUAGUGUCGUGGUCCAAAAUGAGGGGGCCGUCUCCUGCCCUCCACGUCGGGCCCAUUUGCCCGCCCCCCAGCCCUGCCCUAAGUAGGCCGUUGGCCCGUGGUGCUCUGGUCCCCAGGUGCCAAUCUGGUUCCGGGUCCCCCAGCACGGGCACAGCUCCGCCUGGUAUUUAUACGCCUGUCUCUGUGCAUGUGUGACAUUUCAAAUGACUGUUGAGUGGAAAACAAAUUAAACAGCAGAAAAACUGA